AUGUCAGACCUCAAGCAAAAAGGAGGCAAGAAAAUUGCAUUUGUUCAUCCUGAUUUGGGUAUCGGUGGAGCUGAGAGAUUAGUGGUUGAUGCUGCUGUUGGGUUACAAGAAUUGGGUAACGAAGUUCGUGUUUAUACUUCACAUUGCGAUAAAACCCACUGUUUUGAAGAAGUCAGUAGUGGUAUACUUCAAGUAACGGUAUAUGGAGAUUUCUUUCCUACCCAAUUUCUUAAGAAGUUUCAUAUUUUUUUUGCUAUAUUAAGACAAUUUUAUCUUACUUUAAAGCUCAUCUUUACUGGUGAGAUUAACCAAUACGAUUACUUUAUCGUGGAUCAAUUAUCCUUUGCAGUUCCUUUACUUAGUUUGUUCAGUAAUGAAAACUGUAAAAUUUUAUUUUAUUGUCAUUUCCCCGAUCAACUAUUAGCCAGAAAGGGCGGUCUUAUCAAAAGCCUUUAUAGAGUACCUUUUGACUUAAUUGAAGAAUGGACAACAGGGGGAAUUUUCCAUAAGACAUUUGGUAGAUUGAAUGAUAUUGAGCCAGGUGUAAUUUACCCUUGUGUUGACGUUGGUGCUGCUUCAACUUUAACUGAAGCUGAUCACUCGAGUGAAGUUGAAUUAAAGGAGUUUUUGAAAGGUUCUAAAUUCUUUCUUUCGAUUAAUCGUUUUGAGAGAACCAAGAAUAUUGCAUUGGCUUUAAAAGCUUUUGCAAAGUUCAAAUCACAAUUACCGGCUAAUGAGAAACCUAAAUUAAUCAUUGCCGGUGGGUUCGAUUCUAGAGUAAUUGAAAACGUGGAACACUUAAAAGAAUUAGAAGACUUAGCAAAUACAUUGAACUUAAAACAUUUUACGAUUAGGGGCAAGCUUAUUGUCAUGCCGCCAUCAACCGAAGUUUUAUUCCUCCCAUCAAUCAGAACAUCAAUCAAAAACUCCUUGAUAAGAAAUGCAGAAUUAUUAUUGUAUACCCCAGGAUUUGAACACUUUGGAAUUGUCCCCGUUGAAAGUAUGUUAUACGAAACCCCUGUCCUAGCUGUGAAUCAUGGAGGUCCAUUAGAAUCGGUUGUUAAUUUUGACGGUACCAAUAUAGAAGACGCCACUGGAUAUAAUAAGACACCAAAAGAGGAAUUAUGGGCAGAAACAAUGUUUGAAUUUUAUACAAGACUUAAUGAUGCCACCAAAGCAAAAUUAGGAUCCAAUGGGUUAGAAAGGGUUAAAAAGAUAUUUCUGAGAGAGCAAAUGAGUGAAGCAUUUUAUAAUAAUUUAAUUGACGGUAAUAUUAAUGAAAACAAAGGUUUUAUAUAUAAGCCGUUAUUUUAA